AUGCUGAACCUAGAGGAUGGCUUCAAGAGUGAAGCGAAAUUUCUGUCAAGUGAAAUUGUCUUCUUCGCUACAUACGUAGCCAACUCAACAGACGAGGAUACCGAGGAACCUUCGUUGCCUGUCGUCGACAUGUCCCUUGACGAAGAAAAUCCACUGAUUUUCUGCAAUGCGUGCCUAGGAUCGACUGAUCCCGACUAUCAGACAUACAAUCUCACAGUUUCUGGAGUGCUGCUAGCUGUUGUUGGCCUGGUGGGACUUGUGGGAAACGUCCUUGUCGUGCGGGUGUACACCCAUGAGGAUCAUGCGGUUGGCGAAGCUCUGUUUAGGAAUUCGUAG